CCUGUUCCUCCUCCUCCUCCUCCUCCCUCCCAGUUCUUCCUCCUGCUCUUCCAGCCGGCGGCGGCAGAGAGGGCUCUGAAGCCGGCCAGCAGAUGCGCGCAGCGGGGCAGCAGGACGGAACACGACGCCGCUCGGGUUGAAGUUUUUUCUUAAAAGAGGAUCCUCGUCUAAAAACAUUUGCAGCAUUUUUAUUUUAUUUUUUCCACCGCACCUCGAAAGAGUUUGGACUUCAAAACUAAUUGCAUUUGAGAGAAGUGAACUUGUUCUUUUUGCUUUGGUGGUCAUGGGUUCCCGGCGCACAGUGCGGGCCGGCCGGGGAGCGCUGCUGGCCGGGCUGCUCCUGGCGCUCUGGCCGCUCUGCGGAGCCUCCUGCCCGGAGAGGAACCUGGAGGACCGGGAGGAGGAAGCCAACGUGGUGCUGACCGGCACCGUGGACGAGAUCAUUAACAUGGACCCCGUGCACAACACAUACUCCUGCAAGGUCAGAGUGUGGCGCUACUUGAAGGGGAAGACGAACGUCAACCGUGAAAUCCUCCUGGACGGCGGCAACAAGGUGAUGAUCGGAGGCUUCGGCAACCCCAAGAUCUGCGACAACCAGGUCGCCACCGGCGACACUCGCAUAUUUUUCCUCAACCCCGCCUCGGAGGCCAUGGGGCCGGAGCACAAGAACGAGCUGAUGCUCAACUCCAGCCUGAUGAGGAUUACCCUGCGCAACCUGGAAGACGUGGAGCACUGCGUGGAAGACAAGCCCCCUCACUUCACUCCGGCGCAGCCCCCCGAUGGCUGCAGAGGAAUGCUGUGCGGCUUCGGCGCCGUAUGCGAGCGUGACCCAACCGACCCCGCCAAGGCCGAAUGCGUCUGCAAGAGAGUGGAGUGCCCGUCCCUGGUGGCGCCUGUCUGCGGCUCGGAUUCGUCCACCUACACCAACGAGUGUGAGCUGGAGAAAGCCCAGUGCAACACACAGCGGCGCAUCAAAGUCCUGCGCAAAGGGCCCUGCUACCAAUGUAGUCUCCAGUCCUGCAGAUCCUGCACCAAACUUCUGAUCAAGGCCCCCGAGGUACUGAAGCUCCUCCCUUUGAGGCGGUACCUCACUCCCGCCCUCAGAUUCGAAGGUGCUUAUUGA